AUGGCGAGCUUGCGGUCUAGGAAGUUCUUGCGGUGCUUCUAUUGUGGAAGAAGGUCCAACCUCCGUUUCGAAGGCCAGAAAUCUUUCGACUGCUCGAGUUGCGAUGCUACCAACUGGUUGGACGAGAAUGGCGAAAUCACAGACCCCCCAGCCUCAACAUCCUCGAUCGAGCGUACCCACGUCCAGUAUGCAGUUCCACGAGCCAGUGCAGUCCGUUCUCCGUCGCCACCUGUGCCAUCCAGUGGACUCGGAGCCAACGACUCGAUAUUCUGUGCGACCUGCCUCCGAAACCAGCACAUGCUGACCAGUUCGCUUGCGCAAUUCGAGUUCCCAGAUGACCCCACCAAUGCCGAGUAUGCUGCGCGAGAGCGAAAGUACUUUGCGCUCCGCAGAGACCUGGAGCAGAGAUACCCGCAAAUGUGCGCAGAGUGCGAGCCAAAGGUCGAGAAGAGAAUACACGAAGCUAGCUACACAGCGCAAACCGACCACCUCAGGAGAAUGAUGGACCGUACACGAUCCGAACGCAAAGAAGUCAGGAAACGAGGCAUACUUGAUGUAGUCGACCUUGCGGGCAAGUGGAGCUGGUACAUUGGCUUCGCACUACAAUUUGUGUGGCAGGUAACCGUCCUCUAUACUCUUGUGAUGGAACAGUAUGCCACCAGCGAAGACGAAUCCAGAAUAGCAGCGAUGUUGAAGACCCUGCGCUGGAUCAACGUGGACGAGCUGCCUUAUACACACCGACUCAUGCAAUGGGCUAUCAACUUGGGAAUGUGUUCGUUCCCAUGGAAUCCGAGAUUCAAGCAGACAAUCCGAGGUUUCACGGCGCAUAUUCUCGGUUUCAGGCAGUGGUAUACGUAUCAGCUGCUGAUACUCCUCAUUCGACUGGUGUGCCUCUCAAUCGCGCAGUAUAGCAAGGCUCGAGGACUGCCGCCCACGACGCAACUCGGCGCGCAACUCGUCAUAGCGUUACUGAUGGUUCACAUCUUCCGGGUAGCGGGUAAGUCCAUACGGACAGACACUACACCACUUUUUCGACUCAAGGAAAAAGCGCAGGGACCGCAGCAGAGGUCUCCUACUAGACCAGUGCACAAAGACCCCAAUGAUCUUGGCAGUAUUCUUGACGACAUCCUGCAUGCACCAUCCAAGCCGCACGGUCAGAAUGAAUCCGCUCUACCGCUGGGUACACACCCGCAUGGUAACUAUUCGACCAACAGAGUGCAGCAUAAGACGUAUGGGAGUGGCGUGGUAUCCGACUCGCCUGGGUCUGCCUUGGAGACGUUACAAAUUUCUGGCCCGACCCAGUUUCAGAGGCAAGAACCUCAGAUUACGCAUUACGAGGAAGAGAUGGACUGGUCACCAUCCGCUUCACAGCAUCGAGCAUUCAGCUCUUAUAACCCAUACAAGGUGAAGAACACGAAUCCGCGGUUUAGCGACACCCCGAUCGAGCCCAAGUCAGGACCAAUAUGGUACAAGGUACCCCCAGCGCCAACGAAUCCGGCGCAGAGGCUGAGAAACCCCCCUAUGCGGCCGAUCAUCCGAGAAAGCCCGAAAGAGAAGAAGGAGAAUUUCUUCCAACCAACAGCUCGGGGGCCAGUUGAGAUGGGCUCAGCACAUCAGGCGAACUCUCCGGGUCUCAACUUGGCAGAACCUAAGUUCUACGCACCAGAGCCGCGGGAUGAUCCGAGAGACGGCCUUUCGAACAUGUUUGCGAGUUCGUUCAACAUUAGUCCAAGUCCAGAGGAGGAGGCAGAACGGGGUCCUAGAACCAUAGAUUCGGGCAGCAACAGGUUCCGGCAGCCGUUAUCGAGUCAGAAUCGUACAAUGACACGUAUUGCGGAAGUGAUGGUGCUGCUCGGUGCCCUCUGCGGCUGGAUUUGGGCAUUGGGCACGAAUGAGCAUCACGGGCCUCCCGUCGCUCUGGCUUCCAUUUGUGCGUGCCUGAUCGUAUCGAUUAGGCUGGCCGCUGACCUCGAGGUCGACACCCAAGCUCAGGGAGACAAGCCAUCGUCGGUUUACACGCCAUCGUGGGCAAAACUGGCACUGGCGCAAGUCAUUGCUGCCCUACUCCUCAUGUGGAACGUGUGGUCGGGGAGUGUAGCAACUAUUUCAACUGGUACAUUCGGAAACGUGUUGUUCUGCGGCAUGAUCAUACACCACAUGUGGCACAUAUUUGCUUAG